UUCCGAUGCUAAAGUCAAAAUGACGGCGAGUUUGCAGACUUGUUUAAAGACAUCCUGAAUUUUACAGUGACAACAAUAUCAAUAUUCCGGGAAGAUUCGUAUGUAUCGUUUAACAGGCGUGAACAUCCUGUGUUCUACCAGAGAGAAACUUAACUUCUCAACAUAUUGAGAAGCAGCUGAGGAUGGCUUCGGCUAUACUACAGAAAGCCAUAGAUCUUGUGACAAAGGCUACAGAGGAAGAUCGCAAUAAAAACUAUGAGGAAGCCCUUAGAUUAUAUGAGCAUGGCGUGGAAUAUUUCCUACAUUCAAUCAAAUAUGAGACACAUGGAGAUAAGGUAAAGGAAAGUAUAAGAGCAAAAUGUAUGCAGUAUUUAGAAAGAGCAGAAAAACUAAAGGAAUACUUGAAGAAGAAUAAGAAAAAGCCAGUUAAGGCUGGAGCAGACAACUCUAAGAGCGAGGAUAAGAAGAGCGACAGUGGUGACAGUGACAAUGACAGUGACCCUGAAAAAAAGAAAUUACAAAGCAAAUUGGAAGGUGUUAUAAUUAACGAAAAUACAAAUGUUAAAUGGAGUGAUGUGAUUGGUCUCGAUGGAGCCAUAGAAGCUUUGAAAGAAGCUGUUAUUCUACCUAUGCACUUUCCUUAUCUCUUCACUGGCAGACGUAUACCUUGGAAAGGUAUUUUGUUAUUUGGGCCACCAGGAACUGGUAAAUCAUAUUUGGCAAAGGCGGUGGCAACAGAAGCUAAUCAAGCUACUUUCUUCUCUGCGUCAUCUUCAGAUUUAGUAAGCAAGUGGUUAGGAGAGUCAGAGAAGCUUGUAAAAAAUCUGUUUGAAUUAGCCCGACAAAAGGAACGUAGCAUUAUAUUUAUUGAUGAAAUAGAUUCUCUCUGUUCAUCACGGUCAGAUAAUGAGUCAGAAUCCGCAAGGAGAAUAAAAACAGAAUUUCUAGUUCAGAUGCAAGGUGUAGGGAACAAUAAUGAAAAUAUACUUGUGCUGGGGGCCACAAACAUACCUUGGGUCUUGGAUUCUGCAAUUAGACGAAGAUUUGAAAAGAGAAUAUACAUUCCGUUGCCGGAAAAACAGGCGCGCUCUGCUAUGUUUAAGCUUCAUUUGGGUAAUACGUCACAUUGUUUGACAGAGGAAGAUUUUAAGAAAUUAGCGGCUUCUACUGAUGGUUACUCGGGAGCCGAUAUAAGCAUCAUUGUACGAGACGCUCUAAUGCAACCGAUCCGACAAGUGCAAACAGCUACGCAUUUUAAGCAUGUUAAAGGACCGUCGCCUAAGGAUCCUAAUGUCAUCGUCGAUGAUUUACUUACUCCAUGCUCCCCUGGUGACCCAGCUGCCAUAGAAAUGAAUUGGAUGGAAGUAGAUGGUGACAAAUUGUUUGAGCCACCAGUUACCAUGAAAGAUAUGUUGAAAUCACUAGCAACAACCCGUCCUACAGUGAAUGAAGAAGAUUUGGGAAAGUUAGAGAAAUUUAAGGAAGAUUUUGGUCAAGAGGGUUGAGAGAGUCUUUUGAACUCUCGUAUUAAGUAAAUAGAAUUAUAAUUCAACAAAUAUUUUUAGUUAUACAUGCUUGCCUUAUUCCUCUUAUGAUA